AUGGCCAAGCUAUGGGGCGGCCGCUUCACCGGCGCAACAGAUCCUCUCAUGCACGAGUUCAACCAAUCUCUGAGCUAUGAUCAACGCAUGUACGACGCCGACAUCAGAGGCUCCAUUGCCUACUCUGCUGGGCUCGUCAAAGCGGGCAUCCUCACCGAAGAGGAGUGCAAGAGCAUCCAUGAUGGUCUUGGCAAAGUCUUGCAAGAAUGGACGUCGGGCACAUUCAAGAUCGAAGCAACAGACGAGGAUAUUCACACGGCAAACGAACGCCGGCUCAAUGAGCUCAUCGGACCCGUUGCAGGAAAGCUCCAUACGGGUCGUUCUCGCAAUGAUCAGGUGGCGACGGAUAUGCGCUUGUGGCUGAUUGACGAGAGUGCAAAGAUCCGUCAGGCGCUCAGAGAUCUCAUCGACGUGCUCGUCAACCGCGCCGAGAAAGAGAUUGAUCAUAUCUUGCCUGGAUAUACCCAUCUCCAGAGAGCUCAGCCUAUCCGGUGGUCCCAUUUCUUGCUCUCCCAUACUGCCAACUUGGUCUCUGAUCUCUCGCGACUCGAUUCCUCUCUGCCAAGAUUAUCCGUCAUGCCCCUCGGCUCGGGCGCAAUGGCAGGCAACCCGUUCGCAAUUCCACGGGAACAGAUCGCAGAGCAGCUCGGCUUCCAGAGUCUCUCGCUCAACUCCAUGCAAGGCGUUUCCGACCGCGACUUCAUUGCCGAAUUCCUCUUCACCACCACUCUCGCCAUGGUACACAUCUCGCGCUUCGCGGAGGAUCUCAUCAUCUACUCUAGCGCAGAAUUCGGUUUCGUCAGCUUGUCCGAUGCCUACUCGACCGGUAGCUCCAUCAUGCCGCAGAAGAAGAACCCAGACAGUCUUGAACUUCUGCGAGGCAAAUCGGGCAGGACAUUCGGACAGAUGGCGGGAUUUCUCAUGACGCUAAAGGGCAUUCCAUCGACGUACAACAAGGAUCUGCAAGAAGACAAGGAGCCGCUGUUCGAUGCGGCAGAAACGAUCCAUCGCUGCUUGCUCAUCUUCCAAGGCGUCAUUGCCACUUUGACAAUCCAUCCCGAGAAGAUGCGUGCGGCAUUGACAGACGACUUGCUCGCAACAGAUCUUGCCGAGUAUCUCGUUCGCAAGGGUACACCGUUCAGAGAGACUCAUCAUAUCUCCGGCUCGGCAGUCAGACUGGCAGAAGAGGGCAAGACGUCUCUCAGCAAGCUCACGCUCGAACAGCUCCAGACUCUGUCGCCCAAAUUCAGCGAGGAUGUCAAAGAAGUCUUCAGUUUCGAAACGAGCGUGGAGCGAAGGGAUGUUCCGGGCGGAACGAGCAAGCGGGCAGUGCACGAGCAAGUGGCAAAGAUCCGCGCGCUUGUCAAGUAG